CGGUGGAGUGAAAUGUUAUAAACUGAACAGUGAGCAUGGCUGAAUCUAGAUUUGAGUUUCUUUAUGAUGUGACUGCUGAUGGCAACAUCCCUGUCUCUAAGUACAGGUCAAAGAACACGGGCAUAUCAGUUUUUAUAGCCCAAGUCGAGGGUCCAUUAGUGAAUGGAUACUUUUGCUUAGCCACCGAGGCCCAUGAUGAUGAUGGCCUUCCUCACACUUUGGAGCACCUCAUCUUCCUUGGCAGUGAAGACUACCCAUAUAAAGGAGUGCUUGACCUGCUGGCUAACAGGUGCUUGGCAUCUGGUACCAAUGCCUGGACAGACACUGACCACACCUGUUACACAAUGACCAAUGCAGGCAGCGAAGGUUUCCUGAAGCUCCUUCCCUAUUACCUGGACCACAUCCUUUAUCCAACGCUUACAGAGUCUGGCUAUGUGACAGAGGUCCACCACAUAAACGGUGAGGGAGAGGAUGCUGGUGUGGUUUACUGCGAGAUGCAGGCACGAGAAAACACUGGGGAGAGUCGCUGUCAGCUAGAGAUGGUCCGUGCUAUGUACCCAGGUCGUUGUGGGUACAAGUCAGAGACAGGAGGCAUUAUGGCAAAUCUACGUGAUAGUACCUCACACAAGAAGGUGUGUGAUUACCACCGAGAAUUUUACCGCCCAGAAAACCUCUGUCUCAUAAUCACAGGUCAGGUUUCGGCUGAUGAGGUGUUCCAGGCUCUGAAACCUGUUGAAAACAAGAUCAUCUCCAAGGGAAGUCGUUCUUCUUUUAUACGUCCCUGGAUGAGUGAAGUUCCACCUCUAGAGAAACCUGUGGUCAUCAGUCUUCCCUAUGCAGCCGACGAGGAAACACAUGGCAUGGUAAACCUGGCAUGGAGAGGGCCUCAUGUUAAGGACCAGUACCUGAUGAAUGCCCUACACAUUCUCCAGGAGUACUUGUCUGACUCGGCCAUCUCGCCCCUACAGAAGGAGCUGGUGGAGGUAGAAGAGCCUUACUGUAGUCAGAUUUCAGCAAGUGUCAUUGAGAACUCAAAAACACUCAUAUACUUCAAUUUCACAAAUGUGACAACAUCAAAACUAACAGAAGUCAAACAAAAAGUGAAUGAAGUGUUGAGAAAGACCCAUCAAGGCUCGUUAGACAUGGCCAGAAUAGACAGCAUAGUUCACCGUAAGAUUCUGGAGUCUCUACGGCGUAUAGAAGAUGCUCCACAUGACACUUUGUCCUUCAUUAUCAUUGGAGACUUCCUGUAUAGCCAAGACAAAGCAGAUACAGAUGGACGUGUCAAUGUGGUCACACAGUAUCAGAAGAUGAAGGCAGAGAAGGAAGAUUUCUGGAAGGAUCUGCUGGCCAGGUUCUUUCUAAAUGAAGUCCAAGUUGUGAUAGAAGGUGUUCCCAGUAAAACGUUUAUGGAAGAGUCGGGACAGGAAGAAAAAGACAGAGUUGCAAAGCAACAGAAACAUCUUGGGGAAGAUGGUUUGAAGAAACUUGGUGAAAGAUUGGAGAAAGCAACAGAGGAUAAUGAGGAAGAGGCUCCGGAAGAUGUGCUUACUCAAGUAUCCGUUCCAGAUGUAUCUAGUAUACACUUUCACCAUAUCAACCCUUCUUCCAAUCUGGAUCCCAAAACAGCAAAUGCAAACCUGAAAUUCCCUUUAGAUAAAAUUCCUUUUAGAUUUCAGCUUGAUGACAUGAAAACAAAUUUUGUCCAGAUCAAUGCUCUCCUGGACUCAAGCAGUGUGCCACGAGAUCUGAGAUUGUAUCUGCCUCUUAUGUGUCAGGUGCUGUUUGAGAGUCCGAUCCUCAGGGAUGGAGAACUUAUUUCCCACGAGGAGAUUGUAAAGCAGCUAGAAGCUGACAUGUUAAGUUAUGGUGGAGGUUUAGGAGUGACCGGUGGAGGAAACUUCUCAUGUGGAGCCUACCCCCAAGUGGUUGAUCUGCAGCUUCAGUUGGAGAAAGACAAAUAUGAGAAGGGCAUUCAGUUGAUGAAGGAGCUGUUGUACAGAUCAAAGUUCACAGUGGACCGUCUGAAGAUUGUAGCCCAAAGACUUGCUAGUGAUGUAGCCAGUAGUAAACGCAAGGGAAUCAAGGUAGUCCGCACCAUGAUAGGAGACAUGGUGUACCACACAGACUGUAAUGUGACAGUGACCAGCAUGCUGAGACAGGAGAAGUUUUUAAAGAACACACUCAAGCAGCUAGAAAGUGACCCGGAUAAGGUUUUAAGAGAUAUAGAACAAUUACGCCAAACCAUCACAAGACCAAGUAACCUGAGAAUACACCUGUCGGCUAAUGUAGAAAGUCUGAUACCAUCACCUCAAUCACCGUGGAUACAGUUUGUACCUAGUGACAUCACAGAUGUACCAAUGAGUGGCUGCAUGAAGCAAACAUACGAGUAUAACCUUGGGUACGAUGAGAGCCCGGAGACGUGUGUGAUCAUGGGGGUUGGAUCAGUCGAGUCAUCUUACCUGAUACAGGUCGUACCCAGCAUCUCAUCCUUCAUGGAUGCUGACCUCCCAGCUGUACUAGUCUUCAUACAGUACAUGACACAAUGUGAAGGUCCCAUGUGGCGCCAGAUCCGGGGGCUGGGGCUCUCAUAUCACUAUGGGAUAAGUGUUGAUGCAGAGAAAGGUCUGCUGAAGUUUCUCCUGGCUCGGUCAACAAACAUCACAGGGGCUUACAAGGAAGGAAGGAAUAUUGUGAUGGGAUAUGUGAACGGAGAAACACGGUUCUCCGCAGUGGAGUUGGAGUCGGCCAGAAGCAGUCUGAUAUUUGAGAUAAUUGAGGAGGAGAAGACGGUAUCUGGUGUAUCCGAGCUCUCCAUGCUGUCUUACUUCAGGGGGACAAGUCUGUCCUACAACAAGGAGUUGUUGUCAAAGGUUGCCAAGGUUACCGUAGCUGACCUCCAGAGAGUAGGUCCCAAGUACAUUUCACCACUGUUUGAUGUGACCAGGGCUAGGACUGCUAUCUGUUGUCAUCAUACCAAAGUGGAUGAAGUAAAGACAGAUUUUAGUCAAAUGGGCCUUAACCUGAAAGUGCUGCCAUCCCUAGAGGAGGACUUCCUGUGUGGCUAUUAAGCAAUAGACAUUGGCAGACUCAGGAUCUUGACGGAGGACAUCCUAUCCUUGGUAGCCUUCUUUCUUGACAAAGCCUUGCAAGGCCUGCAUAAACGUUUGAAGGUCCGCCAGGCCUUUUGUAUUAUGUGGUACACACCAAGACUUUAGACAUGAAAGUGCUGCCGUUCUUGGAGAAAGACUGAUUAUGUGGGUAUAAAAUGGAAGACAUUAAGAGACUUGGUACCUCAGAGGAGGACUUCCUAUGUGUGUGUUAGUAGUAGACAUUGGAAAACUUUGAACCUCCAGGUGCAGUCAUUCCUGCAGGAGGAAUUUGCAUGUAUUCAGUGAAAGACAUCAGAGACUUUAGUCCAGAAUGAGCUGUCAACUCUAAAGGUCUUCUGGUUCUUAAUUGUGGCAGUGGACAUCAGGAGACUUACACACAUACACACAUGCCUUCUAUACAAAUUUUUCUUAAAUAUGUCUAUGACACUUUCAUGGAUACAACCUCUGCCAAACUAUCAGAACUUCAUGUGAACUUGUGAAGACUGGUGAGGCAAUAUUACAAAAUAAACUGUGUGUAUAAUUUUACAAGUAUCCCAAACGAUUGAGAUACAACUAAAUGGGAGCCAAUAAAAUAAUUAUGCAAUUUCAGUGCUACAUAUAUAUAAAGUAAAACUUCAUGAAGAAAGAGCCAAGGUUAUUGCAAUAUUCCCAGGUUGUUCGUUGUUGUGUUUGUCGCGGAGUCACCUUUCCAGUCAGACUGGUCAUGUCAUGUAUCGUUUAAAAAAAACUACAGGUUGUUGUAGGGGUAUUAAAAAACACCUUUUAAAAUGCGCAGAAUAAUUUUUCAUAUUUCCUUUUUACAUAAUUACCAGGUGAUUACUUUGUAAAUACAUUUCGAACAUACACUAAACCGUUGUUGUUUUUGUGUUUGAUGGGAUUCUGCAAAAUAUUCACCACACAAUUUAGAACUAAUAACACAUUUUGUUAUCAAACUUUCAAAGUCCAACCAUCAACAGCCUGAAAGAUGUAUAUAUAUAGACAUUGUCAUAAUACAGUUAGCAUUCUGUAUUACUCUGAUCAGUUGUUACAAAUAUAGAAAGAUAUAUUCAUUUCAACUAUCAAAGGAUAUUGCAUAUUGUGGUGAAUCUUUUAGCUGCAUGUAAAUAUAUUUGCCGUAGUAUGUUUAUGUAAAUUUUUGAGUGCUUACUGCCAUCCAGCACUAGCUAGUGCCAGCUCUGGUAAUCUUAACUCCUGGACUCAGUUGCAAUCCAACACCAGCUCUGGUAAUCUUAACCCCAGGACUUGGUUGCAAUCCAGCACCAGCUCUGGUAAUCUUAACCCCAGGACUUGGUUGCAAUCCAGCACCAGCUCUGGUAAUCUUAACCCCAGGACUUGGUUGCAAUCCAGCACCAGCUCUGGUAAUCUUAACCCCAGGACUUGGUUGCAAUCCAGCACCAGCUCUGGUAAUCCUUACCCCAAGACUUGGUUGCAAUCCAGCACCAAUAUAUGAAUGUAAGAAAAGCAUUGGAUCCAUCAACCUUUUGAAAAACAUGAGGUCCAUAGAGCCUGUACCACUCACAUGUUUAAUUGGUUAUCUGUUAGCCCAAGUGGAGCUUCAGUCUUCUUAGCAACUUUUUAUUGAUUGUUAUAGGGUGAGGAUCUGGACCAUUUCUAAGUUGUGAUUUGGGACUAAAUCACAGAGGCAAGGCCAGAUCUGGCGCCAAUCAUAUUAGUAUUAUUUUGUUCAUAUGGUUAGUGGGUAAGAAUGUUAAGUUCUUAUGUCAUGAUCCAGGGAAUAAUUUCCAAAGGGCGUGGCUAGACCACCGAGUCAAUCUUGAUGACAUAAGUGUAUUCAUCUUGUCAUGCCUAGCAAUUGUAUAUUCAUGUAUAUGGUUAUAGGAUUUGACCAACUUUUAUAUUGUAAUUGGUUUUUAUGUCCUUACUGUCAAUAACGCUGAGGAUUUGACAUUCUUGGAGUUAUUAUGUGUCCAUUAGGCGACUACCUGUCUCAGAUUUUGUGACUUUGUGAGUCUACGACAAGGCGUCACUACCUGUUCAGGGUGUUUAGUAUGUCUGUCCUGGCAUGAUAAUGUUAGUCACUUGAUCUUUGUAUCAACUCAUACUUACAUCAGCGGGCUUAACAAUGAUCGUUCAUAACUAACUUUUUCUAUAUGUUCUGUCAUAGUGAAAGCUCUUCGGAGCUGAUGUUUCUGUGUUAUAUAUAUGACAAAAAUGAAGUACUUCACCUUUUAGUACAUAAAAUGUUACCAGUGUUCACUUUAACUUUUUCUAAUCAUGUGGCAUGUCCUAAAUUAGCAAUUUGUUCAAUAUAAGUCACCUAUCGGCCAUAACAGAGUGGAAAAUUCAUUUGCAUUCAUUUUCUGACCUUCCAUUCCAAUUUUUUUUUGAUCCUAUCCCCUUGAAGAACACCUUGACCUUUUCUUAUACCACUUGCUAUACCCUUGUAUGAAACUUGAUGCGACAUAUUUCUGAGAAAUACACCAACAAAAUGUCAGUUUGAUGUCAAAUAAUUUACUAGGUACAUCAUUGUUUCAUAACCAAAAUUAAAAAUAAACAACACUGUCAUAUUGUAAGAAAUUGUUUUAUUCAGCAGAAAAUCUAGGUAUAACUGUUUGAUUGGUAGUGAGUGAGUCAGUGACUCAGUGAGAUAAUGAAUGAGGACAGACACAUUUGUCACCGACAUAUAUAAGG